GAGUUGGAAACAUGUCACGGAGGAAACAACUCAAACCGCAGCACAUCCAGUCUGAUCAUUUGUUCCUGUCUGAAAACACAGAAGAUGUUUCAGACUCUCCUCCUGCAGUGGAUCUCUGUGUCUGCAGUCGAUGCUGUGCUGAGUUUAUCACUCCAUCAGACCUGGAACAACAUCAAACAGACUGCUCUCCAAAUCCUCCGGUUCUGAUCAUGAAUGAGGACGAGGAUCUGCUGUCCUGCAGUAAAACUUUCCCUGCAGCCUCAUCACCGGCCAGGCCAGCAGGGGGGCCAGCAGGGGGGCCAGGUCAAACAGUUAACAACUCUGAGAACUGCAGCACUCCAUCACAGGACAGAUCCAAACACAGCACAGGAUUCAUGGAUUGUUUUAUCGGCAGGAGAAGCCACAGCAGUGUUGAAAGCUCUGGAAGCUCCGACAGUGGCAGUGAAUCUAAUACUGUCCUCUGUACCUCAGCAUCUGUACCUCAACAUGGCCGCUCAGCUGACCAGCGAUUCUCAUGGAUGAAGAGCAACGUCAUUAUUGAAGACCUCGAGAGCACUAAGGUGGCCGUGGCUCAGUUUUCAGAGCAGACUCCCUCAGAGAGACACCACAGUAAGACGGCCAUCUCAUCUCUGCUGCAGCAGCUCCUCGCUCUGCAAAUACAACAGAUCCACCAGCUGCAGCUGAUCGAUCAGAUCCGGCACCAGGUUCUGCUGUGUGCCUCUCACAGAGCCGAGAUCCCAGAGACCCUGGUGAUCUGCACCAAAGGCCUGUCAUCCUCUAAAUCCACCAAUCAGCUCACAGCUCUCAGCGCUCACCUGUCUCAGCAACUUGCUGCAGCUGCUGGAAUAGCCAAAUGCUUAUCAACUCAGUCGGCUAACAUGAGUGACUUGGAGCCGUUAACCCAAAGUCCGCCAACCUCUGAGUCCUCACAAACUAUCAGUGAGCUCGUGACUUCAGCUGUUCACAACCAUCUUUCCAAAACAAUGCUCAAAGGCUGCAGUUCAUCUGACUCCCAAUCGGGAAUAUUGUCUCAAACCAACAUGUCCUCUUUGAUGUUUAGUAAUAAUCACUCCAUCAGUAAGACCUCUGAGAGCUCUGGCUCACCUCAAACCUCAAACUCCGAGCACACAGCUUCAAACUCUGUAAACGUCAGUGUGAUUGUGGAGGAUCUGGACGCCCUGGCAGCUUUAGCCCAACAGAGGAAAUGUAAGAACCUGACCCUUUCUGAACCCACGCUGUCUUCAAAAGAGUCUUACUUCAAACGCAAGUGCAGAUUUUGUGGGAAACUCUUUGGGAGUGACAGUGCAUUGCAAAUCCAUCUGCGAUCACACACCGGUGAACGGCCAUACAAAUGCAACAUCUGUGGAAACCGGUUCUCCACCCGCGGGAACUUAAAAGUUCAUUUUCAGAGGCACAAAGAGAGGUACCCGCACAUCCAAAUGAACCCUUAUCCUGUUCCUGAGCACCUGGACAACAUCCAAACCAAUGGUGGGCUUCCUCACAGUGUGUCCUUGUUACCAGAGAAAGCAGCUGCAAAAUGGCUCAAUGGGUCCUCAACUACAGUUAGCUCCAGUGUGAACCAGUCAACCAACCUGUCCCAUCUCAUCAAAAAAGAGGAGCAGCUGAUCUUAGUACCCAUCCCCUUUUCUCAAGGUGACCUUCACUUGGAUUCAGCAGCAGGUAUGGACUUGAGGUCAACAGCAAACCCUACAAAGACUUCUGACUCAUUUGAGACCAAAGAACACACACUACAAAGGACAACCAAUCUUAAAACUGAAAAUGUAAAACCAUUGUUAAACUUCUCUAAAAUGGUGACCACAAAGUCAGAGGAAUCAGUUGAUGUCAUACCAAAUCCAUUCAUCUAUCCAACUUCUACCUCAGGAUUCCUCUCAUUAAAACGCUCUGAAAACCCCAAACUCCAGCUGCUGUCUGGGUCCAGUGACAAAACAGUGUCAGACCCCAGUGAGUGUCUCGUCUGCCACCGAAUACUCAGUUGUCAGAGUGCCCUUCGGAUGCAUUAUCGGACUCAUACAGGGGAGCGUCCCUACCAGUGUAAACUGUGCAGCCGAGCUUUCACCACCAAAGGAAACCUGAAGACACAUCAAACUGUUCACCAAGCAGGGAUACCGCUGAGUGUCCAGCACUCGUGCCCCAUCUGCCAGAGGAAGUUUACAAAUGCUGUGGUCUUGCAUCAGCAUGUACUCAUGCACAUGGAAGGUCACAUACCCAACACAAAUCAGAAAUACACACUGGACUCUGAUGAAGAAGUCAAGGACACAGCAAAAGUGAAUCAUGUUAAGAAGUUUUUGGAUGACGGUGAUGUGGGCUUUUGUGAGACUAGACUGUCUGAAUUCAAAUCCUUGUCCAUCCAUUUGUCCCCAUCAUCAUUUGGUAAAAAUCUAAUUGAUGCUAAGAAGAAAAGUUACCAUGGGCCACAUGGGGAGGUCAAGCUCAACUGGAUCAAGACAGAGAGGCCAGAAGAACCAAAUGAUGAAGAUAGUCAACAAGCUGCUGACAGUUCAGCUUCCACACACUCUCUGUCACCAAAUGACCAAGCUUCACUUUAUUUUAAAACCGCAAACCUUGAUGAACCUUUCCAGAUGUGGCCCAAUUCAACCACUUUAACACUCGGUGCAGGUGCUACGGCACCCACUGACCUAAAAUUGACUAACUACACAGAGGGAUCUCCAAGCCUGACUCACAGCCUCAGAGAAAAGGGGAUGUUUAAGAGCACUUUUUGUGAUAUAUGUGGAAAGAACUUUGCCUGUCAAAGUGCCUUGGACAUUCACUACAGAAGCCAUACCAAGGAGAGACCAUUUGUCUGCACAACAUGCAUGAGGGGAUUUUCCACAAAGGGGAAUCUCAAGCAGCACAUGCUCACUCAUCAAAUGAGGGACUUUCCAUCACGUCUCUUUGAACCUUCCAAUCCUAACCAAGUGUCCAGCUCUAAGAGCCUUGUUAUUUCCACUGGAUCAGAACCUGUGAGGACAGAGAUGACUGCUUUUCUGAACUCCUCUGUUGGGGACAGCUGGGAUCAUCCUGGUCAUUCACUGAGCUCCUCUGGAUGUAUUGUUACACCACCUCGUCGGACACCCAGGCAGCAUCACUGCAAGACUUGUGGAAAGAGCUUCUCCUCAUCCAGUGCUCUGCAGAUCCAUGAGAGGACUCACACUGGGGAGAGGCCGUUUGCCUGUACUGUCUGUGGACGAGCUUUUACUACCAAAGGAAAUCUAAAGGUUCAUAUGGGAACUCACAUGUGGAACAGCGCCCCCAGUAGGAGAGGCUGCAAACUGUCUGUGGACAGAUCAGCAAUGGGGUUCAGGACUCAUCCUGUGAGACUUCCUGAGCCGCCACAGAAGAACCCAGCUGUGGUUUCCAGCAGCACAGAGUCUUUCAGAGAGCUUUUCUCUGCAGGUUUGAAGAUGAACGAUGUCUGUGUGACUCCAAGCGGAGGCUCGUCCUCCGGACACCUGUGGACAGCUCAGGUCCACCACACAGACCUGAGUGACCCUCCUGUUGUUUCUGGGGGGAAUAAUAAUUAGAGAGACUUGUUACUGAUUCUCUGACCUGAUGGACAAUAGGGACAAAAGACAUGAAUACUGUGCAGCUUUAUGCACCUUAUUCCUCAACAGUUUUGUGUUAAUAUUAAUAAACUGAGUGCACAUUAUUGUAACUUUAUGCAGUUUGUGUGAAUUUACCAUAAACAUUUAAAAUAAAAAGUGCAAUGUCAUCAUGUGCAAUAAAUGUUCAAACAUGCUGAGAUGGGUGUUUGUCAGUUUCCAGGUUUGACAUGUUAAUAAUGUUGAAUUUCUUUGUUUCUGUUUUUGAUGUGAUGAUUAAAACUCUGUUGAAUCUGUCA